UCAAAAGAUCGUGACUUUACUACAUAAAAACACAAUCCCUAUAAAACAAAACUUCCAACAAUCUGUCUUUCAUUGUAUACACCAAAUCUUUAACUUUAGCUGUUUUCACAGGUUUUCCCAAAACCUACCUUUCGUUGGUGUCUUGUUUUCUUUCGUAAUGUCUAUUUCUGAUAGAUGAAAGCAAGAAACCAUUUUGCAAUUCCUAAGUCUAUACAUGUGUCAUGUGUGUGUGUUUUAAGUCUUAAUUUCUAAGGCUAAUUACGAUUAAAAACAUAUAUCGGUUGUGUGAUAUCGAGUGGUCUUUCUGGUUAUCAAAUGGCGACGAUGAUGGUCACCAUGUUCACACAUUUGUUAGUAAUAUCAAUAAUUAGCCUUGUUCUGUAUUGGCUUAUAAACUUUCGGGAAGGCUUUGCUUUGACAUCACCGGUGAAGAUGAAAAUUUUUAAUUUGCAUCCACUUCUCAUGGUACUUGGAUUCAUUAUUUUUUCAGGGGAAGCUAUGAUCAUAUACAAAGCAAUCCCUGCACGAAGACAAGCACUCAAAGUCAUGCACCUAAUAUUACAUUUGAUAGCUCUCGGCUCUGGAAUAUUUGGCGUUUAUACAGUCUUCAAGUUCCAUAAUGAACUCAAUAUUCCACAUAUGUACACUUUACAUUCCUGGAUCGGCUUAUCUACCAUAUCCUUAUUUGGGCUUCAGUGGCUAUUGGGAUUUGCCACAUUUUUGUUCCCGGGUGCUGAGUCCACAACACGGGCAAAAAUCGCUCCAUGGCAUAUUUUCUUUGGUGUAGUUAUAUUUCUCAUGGCGAUUGUGACUGCAGAGACUGGAUUAACAGAAAAGUUCAUAUUUCUAAAGUUGAAGCUCGGUCAAGAAGCACUCGUUGUCAACUUUAUAGGAAUUUUAAUACUACUUUACGGGAUAUUUGUUGGCCUUACUGUUGCCCUUCCUCUAAGAAGGAAAUAGAAAUGUUGUUACUACUUUCAGGUUUUCGAUUUGUUGAAACAAAUGUAAUAGGAUUGAUUUAUUUGAUAU